UUUGUUGGAACGAGUUCAUCAUGCUGAGGUUCAGCUUUGUAGUCUCUCUGACCUGGGUCAGCUGUGCUAGUGCACCAGCGAAUGUGCCCCAACUUCCAUAUGCCCCCCAGCAGGAGCCUCCUCCCUGCCCCCCCAACUCGUUCUACUCUCUGUGGACCUGCCUCAACCCACUACCUAAUAACAUGUCUUGUUAUCAGCCCUGCGUACCGGUGUUCCAUCCCGGCUGCAUGUGUGCCCCGGGUUACGCGUUGAAUGCGAGCCACGUUUGUGUUCCCAUACCGAUGUGUCCCCAUUUGGAAAGCGCUCAGCAGCAGUCGAGCCCUGACGCGCCGUCCGGUGAGAGCAGCAGAGUUGACAGGGAGCCCGUCCGGGUGGAUCUCCUCCAAGGAAUCGAGUCAGCUUCUGAUGCUGGGGGACAGCAAUCGCCGAGUGAAGGGGAAAAGUCCAAAAAUCAUAACGAAGAGUCCGAAGACCACACGAAAAAGCUCGCUGGAAAGCACAAUAGCGUCAUGAGACAGCAAUCACCAAGCGACGGGGGAAGGCAACAGUCUGUCGAGAAUCGUCUACAGAGUCUCGAUGACAGCACGACCAAGUCCCCGGGGAAGGCGCAGCAACAGAAUCAGAAGAGCCAGCAAACGCGAGAGCCACAAAGUCAUAACGACAAGUCUGAAGACUUCACGAAAAAGAGCGUUAAGAAGAAGAAUCUCCACGUGCAGGGGACACCCGCUGCUGCUGCACUAAUUCCCGCUCUGGACACCGAAGAGCUGAAAAAUGACAGACCUCUUCGGGCUGUAGCGCACACGCCCGUAGGUCACCGAGAAGAGAAUGAUAAUAUGGGAGAUUAUUAUGGCCCCGACGACUCCGACGAGGACGACCAUCCCGAGGGAGGUCUUCAUGCCUUCGACGAGAUUACGCCGGAAGAAGCUGUUCUUCUCGAGAAAGAGUACCGGUUGUACCACCAGAAUCAACAAUACCCCGUUGACAUCCCGAAGGACGUGAACGAUGAAUCUCAGAGGCUCAAGACAAGUGACUCGAAAAUUCUUCCGAAUGAUCCAACCCCCGCAGGAGUUCAUUCGGCCGAUGCGCCCAUUUUGUCGAGCACGGCCGUGCUCGACAAAAUGGCGGCGGAGGAGGCGGAGAGAUUGUGCGUUCUCAAAUUUCCGAAUGGCUGUCUGUGCGGGUUGAACUGCAAGCAGCUGAGUCGGUUGAUGGGGUGGGACGACUUGAAAGAACUUGAAAGACGAUGCGAAUAUGUGGCAUCUGCAGAGGCAAUAUGAGCUGAGGGCAGUAUUGAGUGGGCGAUCAACUGAAGUCAUUUUUCGUUUUUUCGUUUGAAGCGGACGAUUUUUGGUCGAGCACUUUGUAACAGGCGAUAAAUAAAAAUUGUUUUUAAAAAUGAAAAA